AUGAGUCGCGUGGAAAUCGAUUUGGCUGAAAUUGAUUUCAGUUAUUCUGUUUUUAUGGCGAUUCUCAAUUUUAUAUCAUUUAUAACACUACCCAUCUGUCUCAAAGUUAUUUUUUGUAUUUUUAAAAAUAUCACACAAUUUCAAAGUCAUUAUUCUGACUGCUCAUAUAAUAGGAUGUAUCUGUGAAGACUUCUACGGGUUGCAACUUCUUCGUCCAAUGGUUUUUGCCCCAAUUGUUGGCUUUUACUGUAAUGGACUGCAGUCAAUGAUUGGUGUACACCCAUUCUUGCAAAUAUACGGUUUUUGCAUGUUAGUUCAGAUGGAUAUUGUUAUACUUGUGCAUAUAACAAUGUAUCGAAUGAAAUUUAUCAUUCCAAUGACUUUCCGAUAUUACAAACUUUUUAUCAAGUUAGGAAUAUUUAUUAUUGUUCUUAGCUACAUUGUCGGCUUUGUUAUCAGUAACUUUAUACUGCUUGCAAUUGAAAAUCAGGAAGAAGCCAAGUUGUUCAUUUCUACGAAUGUCAGCCAGGUACCAGAAGUGCUGUGGUCGACGAAGUAUGCAGUUUCAUCUUCUAAAAACCCCCACCAUGGUACUCUUCUUGUGUCCUUGAGUAUUUGUCUGACAAUUUACAUAAUUAUUUGCAUAUCAGGGCCCACGAUAUGCCUUAUAAUUAUUCACAAAACAAGUUAUAACCUCUCAGAAGUAGUAGUGAAAGCUCAGAGAGGACAUUUACGAGCAAUUUUAUACCAGGUUGCUGUUAUGUUGAGCUGUCUGAUGUUGCAGGUUUUAUCAAAAAUACAAUGAUUAUCAAAAUAGCUGUUCUCAUCGGUUUGAGCCAUGGAUAUGCAUCCACAGUUGUUCAUCUUCUGUGCAAUAAGCCGUUUCGUGAUACAAUGUCGUCACAAUGGUCUUGGGUUGUAUCAUUUGUCACUUGUACACAGCCAAAACGAAGCAACUUAGUACAACAUUUUAAUAUACCGUAUCUUUAA